AUGUCUAACCGAUCGCGCAAACAGCUGAAAGCUAGGGCACAGGAUGCCGCCCCAGAUCUCCCGGAGGUCCAGCACGUGGAAGACGCCCCUACAGAAACGCCCCCGUCAAGCCGGUUUGGAAACCUGGCCGAUGCUGCUGCCGAGUUGCAACAUGCCGCUGCUACGCAGCCAGUCAGUCGGACUGGCGCCCCUUCAAAUCCUUCCCGGCCUAAAGCGAAAGCGAACCGGACUCUACAAGGUGCACAGCCCACGGAUACCGCGGUGCUUGAAAGCCAGCCCCGGACUGGUACCCUACAGGCACCACAGAUCCAUUUCGGCGAAGGAGCCCCUACACCACGGUGGCUGAUUGUGCCAAAUGUUCGAGGAGAUUCAAACCGGCAAGACCCUCCACUUCGCUGGCAAUUUGAGCCCGGUCCAGCUGGUGAGAGCCUGCUACAGGGACAGCGAUUGCGUAGAGUUGCCGAUGAAUGGCUCAGAGAGUCGCUUCGCGACCCCGCGUUCAGACAGGCUAUGGGGCAAUAUGUGAAUGAAAGGGAACAUCUGUUGAAAGCUGUUACAGGAGAGGAAGACACGGUAGUGUUUGUUACUACUCCGCGCGCUUCUGCGGACCCCAAGGUGGCCGGAACAAGUGGUGUCGCAGGGUCGCAAGACCUCCACGGAAACGAUACCGGGGGAUGGAUGCCAAAGCUUCCUACAUCAAGGGAAGAACCCUACAUUUAUAGAGACUAUUCGCGGCCGUGGUCAGUCUCGCGGCCAGCAGAGCGACAGAGUUAUCCUAAACGGGUCCCAACUGAGACCGCCAACCGACUCGUGGAAUCGCUGGCGAGAAUGUUCAGUCCGGGCUACAAUCCACCUCAACAGCCAGAGCCAGAGCCGAGCCCUAUGGUACAUGAACCCGAAUAUUCUCCAAUUCCAUUGGAAGCUUCAGGUAAUGACCCCGAUGACGCUAAUUCGGAAGAUACUGAACCAUACGACUACUUCAAUGAAGGAGCUGAUAAUAAUGCUGCUGCGGUGCCUCCGUCCGUCGAUAUCAGUCGGUUAUAUUCGCAACUGCCUGGAUACAAAUCUCAUAUUAAAGAGCCAGCAGCUUCAGCAGGAGAUCGUCCUCAAGCAGUGCCUCAGCUACUGGUGCCUAGGCCCCCAAAGAUAGCUGUGCCUGCAGCACGAGUAGGGCCAGGAUGGCCUUAUGUGGAACAAGGGCCGGCGCACGCAAGACCAGCACCCCAACGGCCAGCACCAGCAGGGCCGAUACCAGCAGGGCCGGCCAAAAAGGGUCGACCGACAGCGCGUAAAACCGCCCAAUCACGGCCCGAAGAUGGUGAACCACUGCCUACCAAGGUGACACAGAGCAUUAGAUACCUUCAAACGAACUUGCCACUGCAUUUUCCGAAACGAACGGACCGUCGGGUGAGAGCUUGGGCCGGAGAGCAAAUCGAUGAAAGGGAAGGCAUUGGACUUCCGGGGCAGAUCGACCAACUGCCUAAGUUUCCUGCGCCUCGGGGCCAUGGUGAUCCUGAGCAAGGGCAGCUGGCGCCAGACGAGCCAGAACAGGUCCCAAAAAGAGCCCCGAAACGAGCCCCGAAACGAGCCCCGAAACGAGCUCUCAAACAAGCCUCGAAGCAGGUUCAAGAACAGGCCUCGGAACAAGCUCCCGAAGAAGGCCAAAAGCAAGCCCCAGAAGAAGCCGCAGAAGUACUCACAGAAUUGGCCCAACCAGCGAAGAAACAGUUGAAGAGAAAGAGAAAGCAGGCGACACCAGCACCAGCAGCACCGGCGGGUCGGAUGCAAACGCGGUCCAUGGCCAAACGUAGGAAUGCAGAAGAGUAG